GCAGGAGGGCGCAAUCUGUCGCGGAGGCAGCUUCACUCGUUGUCCGCUCUGGUACAUCGCCUUCAGCGGCGUCAACUGGUGGAUCACCUAAAACUGUGAGUGCAACGCGCCGAUAGCCGCCUGUGACCUACUCAACUGAAAACGGAACGCCACAUAAUAGUUGAGGAAGAUGACGGCUAUGGUGCUACGCCUUCUGGUGGUGGCCGCGGUUGCGGCGGUCGCGUUGGCAGAGGAGAGACGUGCUAUUGCCGUUCUGUCUCAUUCAACAAAGAAUGUGAAGGGCAAUGUAACAUUUGUGCAGACAGAUGAUGGGGUUGUGACAGUAACUGGCAUUAUUGAGGGACUCAAACCGGGUUCUCAUGGCUUCCACAUACAUGAAAAGGGAGAUAUUUCAAGCUGUAUUAAUGCUGGAGGUCACUUCAAUCCUGAUAAGGUGAACCAUGGUGGUCCAACUGAUGCAAUCCGUCAUGUUGGUGAUCUUGGAAAUAUUGAGGCUGGUGAAAAUGGAGUAGCCAAUAUUUCCAUUCGAGACAGAGUGAUCUCUUUGACAGGCCGCAACAACAUACUUGGACGUUCUGUUGUUGUUCAUUCGGACAAAGAUGACUUAGGAAAGGGUGGUUUUGAAGACAGCCUUACAACUGGUCAUGCUGGCACCAGGGAGGCUUGCGGUGUUAUCGGAAUCCUGUCACCUGUCACACCAUGGCAUAACUCAGCAUCUACUGCAAGAUUUGGCCCUGCCAUUUUCCUGUCAACAGCUGUUCUCCUUGCUGUGUCAUAUCUCAUGUAAUAACUGUAUAAAUUUGUAAUAUAAAAACAAUGUCAUGCAUCUAAAGUUUAAUUUUAACAUAAUCAUGCAGUUUUUGUUAAGCAAGUGUGAAUGGAAAUACCUUUAUGUGACAGUUUAUUAACUACAUAAACUUAUUUAAUAAUGUAUAUUGCUGUUUACUGUCAUAUAUAUGUAGUUAACUUUAAACCUGUGUACAUUAUAAAAUACUUUUAAAUAAAUGUUGUUUCUAUACUUA